AGCUGCGGCCAAUGCCCAGCGCUGGGUCGCUUGAAUUCCCUUCGCCCUCAGAAGACACCGGCCGGGCCAGGUCGGCGGGACCCUAGAGCUGCAGCUCCCCAGUGACCCGCGGGUCAGGGGAGAUGUGGGGCAGGGAGGGGUUAGGAGCUCUGCGAUCUGCCCCUGUGGUGGGCAGCCGGAGGUGAUUGGGGUGGUGUGCGCUCAGGAAGGACUUUCAACCCCCCCCCCCCCCCAGCCCCGAGAAGCUGCUGAUUGACAGAACCCCCGGCAGCCGCAAUCAAUGACUGGGUGGGACCGAGCGGCGGGGGCUCGUCCACCAGCCGAGGAGGGUUUGCUGGGACGGGUGAAGCUCGCAGCCCGGAGCGCUCUGGCUCCCACUCGCCCAAUUAAGCCUUGCUAAGCGGGGGGAGCAGCAGAAGGGGGCUGGCCGCGGGCUGCCCGCCGGUAAGAAGGACUGAAGAGACAGGGAAAGGGGCAGGCACCCUCCAGCGCGCUGUGCCCUGCCCGCCCCCUGGCCAAGGCGCAGAUCAGCCCGGUGCCCGCGGGCGCCAAAGGUGUUGGUUCUCCUCGGGCAGGUAACAUGGAGCAGCUGAACUGACCUGAGGAGCCAUCCCAGCUUUGCCCAGAAUGGGCUGUGUGUAUUGCAAGGAGAAGGGGUCGAAUAAAGGCCAGACGGAGAACAUUGAUGGCACGACCAGCUCGGCAUCGAAAUCCUGCUACGGCCCCGACCCGACCCAGCAGAAUCUCAGCAGCAGCUUCACCCGCAUCCCUGACUAUAACAACUUCCACAGCACGCCCGUCAGCACCGCCGGCGCCCCUGCCUUCAUGGGCCCCAGCCUCUACCCCGGCAACACCUUGCACGCGUGCGGAGGGGGGAUCACAGGUGGGGGGGUGACCCUAUUCAUUGCCUUGUACGAUUACGAAGCCCGGACAGAGGAUGACCUGACAUUCCUGAAGGGGGAGAAAUUCCACAUUAUCAACAAUACCGAGGGCGACUGGUGGGAGGCGAGGUCCCUGAACACAGGGGCCACAGGCUACGUCCCCAGCAACUACGUGGCCCCAGUAGACUCCAUCCAGGCAGAAGAGUGGUACUUUGGGAAAAUGGGGCGAAAGGACGCCGAGAGGCAGCUGCUGUGUCACGGCAACCCCCGAGGGACCUUCCUCAUCCGCGAGAGCGAGACCAGCAAAGGUGCCUACUCCCUGUCCAUCCGGGACUGGGACGAGACGAAGGGCGACCACGUGAAGCACUAUAAGAUCCGGAAGCUGGAUAACGGGGGUUAUUACAUCACCACGCGGUCCCAGUUCGAGACCAUCCAGGAGCUGGUCCAGCAUUACAUAGAGCGAGCUGCGGGCCUGUGCUGCCGUCUGGCCGUGCCGUGCCACAAGGGGAUGCCCAAGCUGGCAGACCUGUCUGUCAAAACCAAAGACGUGUGGGAGAUCCCGCGAGAGUCGCUGCAGCUGAUCAAGAAGCUGGGCAAUGGGCAGUUUGGGGAAGUGUGGAUGGGCACGUGGAACGGCACCACCAAGGUGGCAGUGAAGACGCUGAAGCCGGGCACCAUGUCCCCGGAGGCCUUCCUGGAGGAGGCCCAGAUCAUGAAGCGGCUCCGGCAUGACAAGCUGGUGCAGCUCUACGCCGUGGUGUCCGAGGAGCCCAUCUACAUCGUCACCGAAUUCAUGAGCCAGGGGAGCUUGCUGGAUUUCCUGAAGGAUGGAGAUGGCCGGUUCCUGAAGCUGCCCCAGCUGGUGGACAUGUCGGCCCAGAUCGCGGCCGGCAUGGCCUACAUCGAGAGGAUGAACUACAUCCACCGGGACUUGCGCGCUGCCAACAUCCUGGUGGCUGACAACCUGGUGUGUAAGAUCGCGGACUUCGGCCUGGCCCGCCUCAUCGAGGAUAAUGAGUACACCGCACGCCAAGGUGCCAAGUUCCCCAUCAAGUGGACGGCCCCGGAGGCUGCUCUCUAUGGGAAAUUCACCAUCAAGUCAGACGUGUGGUCCUUUGGCAUCCUUCUGACAGAGCUCGUCACCAAGGGCCGCGUGCCCUACCCAGGCAUGAAUAACCGGGAGGUGCUGGAGCAGGUGGAGCGGGGGUACCGCAUGCAGUGCCCGGGCAGCUGCCCCCCCUCCCUGCACGAGCUGAUGGUGCAGUGCUGGAAGAAGGAGCCCGAGGAGCGCCCCACUUUCGAAUACCUCCAGUCCUUCCUGGAAGACUAUUUCACUGCCACAGAGCCUCAGUACCAGCCGGGGGACAACCAGUGAGCCCCCCCUCUCUGAGCCAGCCAGCCGUGCCCAGGGGCCCUUCCCUGCGGCGGCUGCACCAGGCCAGGACUUGCCCUGCUAGCCGGCCGCACCCAGGCGGCACCGGGCCAGACCUUCCCUCUUUGUACACUCUGGGCCAGACCCUUUUUUUACGGUCCCCUUUUGGGGGUUUUGUUACUUUCCUGCCAUCCGGCACUCCCCUCGCUCUGCCCUUGGGAGGGAGGGGGUGCUUUGCACAAAUGCCUCCUAUUCUAAUGAGGAUCCCACCCCCCAGCCCAGGGCCGUUCUCGGGGAGGGGGAGAGCUGAGUGAGGCUGCCCUGUUGGUCCUGCAUGGAGAAAUCCCCCCGCACCCCUCUUUCCAGCUGCCUUCAACACCUAGCUCUUAACCGGAGAGAGGUAUUUUGUUUUCCCUGGGGAGCAAUGAGGCCGUGCUGCCCGCAGGGGCCAGGGGCCAGCCCGGCCUGCAGACAAUGGGGCACCCUGAGCUUGGAGGGGCUCUCAAUGUGGGUGCCCUGGGCUUCGGAGGUGGCAUUGGCCGGGCCCGCUGCACCUCAGUGGCCUUGGAUGGGGCUGGGCCAGGGCCAUCGCCCGUCCGUCCGUGUGUCCCCCCCGUUCCCCCCCACACACACACACACUGGAUUGCAGCAGCUUUGGAGCGUGUACGUCAGGCCGUUCUCUCCUGGGGCUGACGGCUGCCCCCCGUCUCCGGCCCCUCUGUUCUGGAGCGUCAGGCACGUGUGUCCCACCCCCCUGGCUGCUGGGGCCCCCCCUCCUGGAGUUAGCGCCACCAUCUGCAACACAAGUGCCUGGGGUGGAGGAGGGGGUCUUUGACUCGGCAUGGGGGGGCGGUGGGGUGCCCAGGCCAUGGGAGGCAAAGACGUUGCAGAAGCUAUCCACCCGCCAUGCAAGGCCUGGACAGAGGCUGGGAGAGGGGAUGUGUGGAACGUAACCAGUUUCUCCACACACACACACCCCUCGCAGCCUAGCCAGGUGCCCCCACCCCCCGGGCGGAGGGGAAAAAGAGGGCUCAGGGUGGUGGGGGCCUUUCCGUCUCUAGGAAUCCACGUCUCACUCGGGGGCAAGGGGAGGCUGUUGCCCAGCCUGUGCCAGCCCCGCCAGCCCCUCGCUGCCCAUCCUAAUGUGCUGUGGAACCUGCAGGGGGGGCAGCCCGCUGCCGGCUACUCCCCCAGCCAUGGAGGGAUGGGGGGGGUCUGGUCCUCAAGGCUCCUUCAGUGGCAUUACAAAGCCUGGGGGGUCAGGAAGUGUCUCCCAGGUGGAAGCAGCCCCCCCCCCCCAGUUUGUCUAAUCAUCUCCUGUGGCAGGGCAUAGCAUGCCCCCAGCCCCCAGCCAUGGGAGUACCUGAGGCCAGGGUCACAGUCCGGGCUCUCGGGGCGGCUGGAUGUAGGGCCAACAGGGUGCGACCUGCCCAGGGGGCCUGCACUAAGGUCCCGCGGGGCAGCUGGCUAGCACAGGUGAAGGACGGGGCGGAGGCUGCCGCUUUCUUCGCUGAGAAGCUUGGCCCUUUGCAUGUGCCCCCGCCCCCUGGCAGUGCCCAGGUGACAGAUGGAAGCCGAGCCCCCUGGGUUUUCUCUCCUAGCACAGAGCGGGAGGUGGGGGAAGCUAGAUGCUCCCAUCUCCAUUCCCCACGCAUGGCCCCCAGUUGCUUCCCUGAGGCACGCAGUGUGGUGCUGCCCUGGUGAUUGCACCAGCAGGGGGCGCUCCCCUGCCGCCCGCGUGCCCCCGGGGACUUGCACACUUUUGUAUGUGACUUUCCACCAAGCUGUUUGUUUAUUUAUAAGACUUUAACAAAUCCUUCUGCCCUCCUCCCGGGGGGGUGCAGGGGUGGUCCCAGUUCAUUGGCGCUCAGGGAGCCGGCUGGGAGACUGGUUUUCCUCUCCCUCCCCAUUCGUAAUUCUUGCUUUUGUUUCUUUUCCUUAGCCAGAGCCAAAUUGUUCAAGCCAUAAACUGCUGCUCGGGGGAGGGGAGCAGGCAGUGCCAAAUGCUUCUUAAACGGGGGUGAACAACCCCAAGGCUGGGCUGGGGGCGGGGUCCCAGAUUAGGCCGGUGUAGGGCAGGUGUGUGUCCUCCAUGGGAAUCCCAGGCCCUGUUCCCACUGGAAGGGACUCCAGGGUAGGGAGGUCGUCUUCCCCCGGCGAGCCCAGCCCCUGCAUCUCAUGCCCGGGGGUAGGAAGGCUCCCCUCUGGCCCAGCAAAACGUGAACGCGAUUGGCGCGGGGGCAAGGGCCACCCACUCGGCCUGAGUCACAAGGAGGCCAAGGUCCAGCAGCUCCUCCUCGAGCCAGGGCUGCGUCCAGGGUGUGGAGCCCCUCUGAGCCAGGCGCCGUGGUACCGGAGCCCUCUUUAUUCCAGGGUGUAAUUUAUAACCAUUAACUUUCAUUCUCCUUUGACGACAUCCAGCUGUGGGAUCUGACAGCCAGCCAAGGGGGGCUUGCUCCCGGCUGCUGCGGGCUCUGGGCCUUGCCCGCGGCCCUGUGUCCAUCUCCCCGUCCAGCUCUCCGUCCGGCCAGCUACAGCACAAACGUUCGAGGCCGCGCCUGCCUGGGGGGGUCCCGCCGAGGCUCCCUGUCCAUGCUGGGGGGGGGGGGGGGGGGUUGUGUUUUUUUUUUUAAUUG